UAUGUGUGCAAAAAAUAUUUUCUUAAAUGGCCCAGCUCAUAAUUGUGGUUUUAAUAUAAUGAGAGUAAGUUUUUUGUUUGGUUUUGUGAUGGUCAUACUUGUUCUCCUAUAUUUGCCUGUCUCCUGUGCCAUUUCAGAACACAGGUGGCUAAUGACAAUAAUCUUUGCCAAUCCCAUACUGUUGGGGUAAACAAAUCCCACAAAAAACAUAGCUUAUACCCCUCCUCUAGAGGCAGGCCAGUGCCUGGUCCUUGUCUCACACCUGGAAGUCCUGAGAAUCCACAGGUCCUGCUGCAGGAAUUGGUGAGGCUUCAGGGCUCUUGGUCCAGGCGAUGCUGAUGUUCACAGGCAAGUUGUGUGAGCAGCAGAAUGAGCGCAACCUGACACUCGGCAAACUCCAGUGUCUCUCUCGCACAGACCCUGCGCGCUGCAGUAACCGUAGCUGUCCGCCCUUCCCAGUGACACGCGGGUGUCUGGAGUGUCUGCGGAGUGAACGCUGCCAAAGGGGCUAAGUUGACUAAGUUGUACGUGCCCUUCCCACGGGCAGGAGCUUGGAUCUGUCUUCUCAACUGCUGGUGCGCUUGCGGGAGUUCUCUUUAAGACUCUUCCCUCUUUCAGUCUGAAACCGAUUCAGAAGCUUGUGGGAAUGAAGAGAGACAUGCCAAGUGGACAUAUGUGUGUCACGUUCCUGGGAAGGUUCUACCAGAGUCUAAAGGACAACGACGUUGAAUUCACACCUGCCAGUAUUGAAAAAGAGCUCUUGAAAUCCUGCAAAGAAGCGAAAGGCAAAGAGAACCGCCUGUGCUAUUAUAUUGGGGCUACAAGUGAUGCAGCCACCAAAAUCAUUAACGAGGUAUCAAAGCCAAUGAGUCAUCACAUCCCCGUGGAAAAAAUCUGUGAGAAACUAAAGAAGAAAGACAGUCAGAUCUGUGAACUAAAAUACGAUGCCGUACUCUUCCCGGAAAGGCUUAUCUGAAGAACAGUCUUGAAAAUGUCUCCUCCUGCCUGCCUUCCUGUAUCUCUGCCCUUAUAUUCCCCGGAGUCACCCCUUGGAUUGUGGGCCUUUA